AAAGCAAAAGUAAAACCGGCAAACUUAAGCACUUACCACAUUGUCAGUGAAAGCAACACACAAAACUAUUUCAUUUAAAUGAACUUGUAUUUGUUAGAAUAAUUACAGAACUUCAUUAUGAAGAUUGACAGAGCAAAGUUGAAAAAAUCAACAACAGAAGUGCCUGUUGAUUGCAGAGCACUUAUAGAAAAACUCAAAGUAGCUACAGAAGAAAAUCUCAAAAGUGAAUUAUUGCAGUUGAAGACAUGGACUUUUGGAAAGUGUGAAUUGUAUCAUUGGUCAGAUGUAUUGGACAGAUUUGAUGAAGUUUUGGAAAAGACUUGUAAGAAAGAAGAUGGGAAAUGGACUCUGUCCUGCGACCAGACUGGGAAGGAAGAGAUGAAGAGUUUGCUGCUACACGUUUUGCACUUCACUUCCUUACUGAUAGAACACAGCUUCUCCCGUCAUUUGUACAACUCAAUGGAGCAUUUGACAACUUUGCUGACAUCCUGUGAUAUGACUGUAGUUUUGGCAGUACUAAAUCUCCUCUAUGUAUUCAGCAAACGCUCAAAUUUCAUCACAAGGUUAGCAAACGACAAAAAACAGGCCUUAAUUAUCAGAUUGACUCAUUUAGCUGAGAGUUGGGGUGGAAAGGAAAAUGGUUUUGGUUUGGCAGAGUGUUGCAAAAAUAGCCAAGUAACGGAGUUCCCAUCUAGUGCAACCACACUUCACUUCGAAUUUUACAUGGAAAACAAGGAAGACAAAGCUGGGAAAAAAAAUCAAGCCAGUGUUAUAACUUCUAUUCACAUGGAAAAUUUGGACAAAUCAAAGAAGAUGCCUUCAGAAAUAAUGGAAGAAAUCAUGUCAUCUUUUAAAAUUCCUGAAAAUAAGCAGACUUUGUUGUAUACUCAUAUCAGACUUGCCUGUUUGUUCUCCAAGUAUGAAGCAAGGUUGCAGUGUGUCCAGGCGAGACUUCAGGCAUUGGCAAUUUUAGUAUAUUCAAAUGCUGUACAAGAAAAUAUGAACUCCAUGCUGUAUCCAGGAUUAGUUGAAGAGCUGGUAGAUAUAGUUGAAGUUAAUGAUUCAAAUUUAGUUGAUAUUAAAGCAGCAUCGUUGAGAACUCUGACAUCUAUUAUUCACAUAGAAAGAAACCCAAAAUUAACGAACAUCAUUGAUGUGACUGGUGCAUCUUCUUACCAUGGCUUCUUACCGGUUUUAGUUAGAUCAUGUAUACAGCAUAUGACUGAGAAAGAUUUGAAGCCUUUUCCUCAACAGUAUGCAACUGCCUUAUUUUCUUUCCUGUAUCAUUUAGCAAGUUAUGAAAAUGGUGUAGAAGCUUUAGUAUCUUGUGGCAUGAUGGAAUGUUUGUUAAAAGUAAUUAAUUGGUAUGGAGAUGGUCAAGAGCAUAUAACACAGUUUGUGACAAGAGCAGUAAGGGUUGUGGAUUUGAUCACAAAUUUGGACAUGGCAGCUUUCCAGUCACAAGGAGGAUUGUCUAUCUUUAUUAACCGAUUAGAGAAUGAAGUCGAGAUAUGUAGAACAGAACAACCAUUUGAAAUAAAAGUUGGACAUGCUGAUGAACAAAUUGGAUCUCCUGGGAGUGCUAUGGAAACUGAGAGCUCAACAACAACAGAAUCAUCUGUUGAUCCAGUGGAGCCUUCAACAUCAGCAGAAACUUCACAUUCUAUUGUAGUCCAAACUCCAUCAAAAACUGGAAUAAACUGUUUUCCCCAGAGAGCAGCUCUGUUGAAGUCAAUGUUGAAUUUCUUGAAGAAAGCCAUUCCUGACCCGUCAUUUUCUGACAGCAUAAGGCACUUGAUGGAGUGUUCUCUGCCUAAGUCCUUAAAGCAUAUCAUCAGUAAUGCUGAUUACUACGGACCAUCCCUGUUCCUGCUUGCCACAGAUGUUGUGACUGUGUAUGUCUUCCAAGAACCUUCCCUUCUUUCCUCUUUACAAGAUAGUGGCCUGACUGAUGUUGUUCUUCAUGCUCUUCUCAUCAAAGAUGUACCAGCAACAAGAGAGGUGCUUGCUUCAUUACCGAAUGUGUUCAGUGCUUUAUGUUUGAAUGCUCGAGGUCUGCAGUCAUUUGUUAACUGUAAACCAUUUGACCGUCUGUUUAAAGUUCUAUUAUCUCCUGAUUACCUACCUGCUAUGAGAAGGAGGAGAAGUUCUGAUCAUUUUGGUGAUACAGCCAGUAGUUUGGGUAAUGCUAUGGAUGAACUGAUGAGACACCAGCCUUCCUUGAGAACAGAUGCUACUACAGCUAUUAUUAAGCUAUUAGAAGAAGUUUGUGCAAUGGGAAUGGAUCCAAAAUAUGUUUGUCAGAAAUCUCAACCUAAGACAGAACAGAGCUUAUUUGUUACACCCUCUCCUCGCCCUCCUGACAAUGGCUCCUCAGAUGAGGAAGAUGAGGAUGAAGAAAUGGCUGCCAACACCCAGGAAAGUACACAGAAAAGUGUCCAACAAGCUGCCCAAUCUAGUCAAUCACAAAGUCCAACAGAAAAAGAAGCAAUACCAUUGAUGGAUUAUGUUUUGAAUGUGAUGAAAUUUGUUGAAGCCAUUCUGAGCAACAAUUCAACGGACGACCAUUGUAAGGAGUUUGUAACCCAGAAUGGACUACAACCAUUGAUGUCAAUCCUGGGAAUGCCUAACCUGUCCAUUGAUUUCCCUGCUUCACAGGCUUGCCAUGCUGUCUCAAUUGUCUGUAAAGCCAUUCUGCAAUUAUCCAGAGAGCCAAAGGUUUUAAAGCAAGGACUGGUGAAACUGGACGAAGUAUUACAAAGUUUAGAAGGACUACAUAAACCACUAGAUACCCCAGGUGGCUCUGUACUUUUGAGAGAGCUGGCUAAUGUAGCACAUCUCCCAGAUGCCAUCCAGUCUCCACAGUUAACACCCCUAUUACAUGCUUUAUCAUCUUGCCAUGCCUACAUCAUGAUGUUUGUACAUGUCUGUAAAAUGGGACAGACUGACAUAAGAACAAUAUCAGUGAACCACUGGGGCUCAGAACUUGGUUUAAAAGUACUGAAUGGACUUAGUAAGUUGUACACUUCACUUGUUUGGGAGAGCACAGUACUGUUGGCCUUGUGUAGUGAGGACAUCUUGCCAGCAGGCUGUGAAUUUGGCAGGUCCGAUAUGGAAAAACUUUUACCCAAAGAUUUCAAGCCAGAAAAAGAAGACAAAGAAGAGGAAAAAGAAGGCUCAUUAACCAGGGCUGCAGGAGAAUUGGGCAGUAAUGGUGUCAGUGCUGCCAUGGAAUCUUUGACCACUUCAGAAAGUGUUGGUUCCCCCAUGGAUGUAACUGACAGCCAGACAUCACAGGGGACGGACAAAAAACCAAAACUGUCACCUGCAUUACAAGCUCAGAUUAAACAGCUGAAACCACUUUUAUCAGUUUCAUCUAGGCUGUGUAGAACACUUGCUGAGUUGUUUGGUCUCUUAGUUAAGUUAAGUGUUGGAAGCCCUGUGCGCCAGAGAAGGACCAACGCCGUAGUGUCUCCUACCACCCCAACACCAGCCGCUCAGGCAGUGGCAAGAGCUCUGACGAAGCUUCUCACAAACGGUUUGAAUUGGGAGCCUCCACCCUGGUCCCCUGUUCCAAAAUUAAGGUUAACAUUCCUUGUGUGUUCUGUUGGUUUUACAUCACCAAUGUUGUUCGAUGAGAGAAAAAAUCCUUACCAUUUGAUGUUACAGAAAUUCCUUUCUUCUGGUGGACAGAAAGCUUUAUUCCAGGCAUUUGAAUGGGCACUUGCUUGUGAUGGUAAGAAGUCAGCAGAUGAACUACCAGAUGGAACCGGUGAGUUUCUGGAUGCAUGGUUGAUGCUGAUAGAGAAAAUGGUAAACCCCAAGACAAUUAUGGAAUCCACACACACCCUGCCAGAAAAGUCUAGUCAAGCAGGAUUUAUACCCUUCAACAAAGUGCAAUAUCUCAUCAGUACACAAAAGGCUGCUUUUAAUGCUGUAAUGGAAAUGUGGAACAAGAAACCUUUGAAAAUUUAUGGUGGCCGAAUGUCUGAGUCCAUGCUAGCAAUACUUAGUCAUAUUAUCAAAGGAGAGAUCAUAAUCCAGGAAUAUUUGGCCAAAGAAAAAGCAACAAUUGAAGCACAACCAAGCAGUGCAACACCAGCUACCCCUGGGCCAUCAACAGCAGCAGCAGCAGCACCAGCAGCACCAGCCCCUACUGAACAAGAACCCCAGGUUCAUCAACUUUACUUACAGAUGCUGAUUGGCAUGGGUUUUACUCCAGAACAAAGUGCGGAGGCCUUACUACAUUGUAAUAGUUUAGAACAGGCUACAGAAUGGAUAGUCAAUCAUCCCUCUACACCUGCUGCUGCUCCUCCAAGUGAUCCCUUUAGUAAUUUACUUGAGAUGUCUGAAGAAGAUCAGAUGAUGACAGCCAUUGCCAUGUCUUUAGGACAAAACGCAGUGAUGUCCACUGACAAUGCCAAUCAACCUACAGCUGGUCAAGCAGCAACAGAUGGUCCAGCAAAAGUUAAAGAAAAAGAAAAAGAAGAAAUUGAUGAGAAACAAGAAAAAGAAGAACCUUUGGAUAAAGAAGCAUUAGAUAGCUUUACUAAUUCGGUUGUAACAGGCUGUUUGACACUGUUAGAUUCAUUACCAGAAACCGUAUACAGAGUUUGUGAUUUAUUUCUUGUGGUAACUCAAAGAAAUGGAAUAAAAUGGCAAAAAGAUGUGUUAUCCACCAUUGUCCAGGAGGUAAAGGACCUUAGUAAGCUAAUUUUAAACACAACAUCAAAGGAAGAUAGACAAGCAAACAUGGAUAACUCAUCUCGUUUUGCUGCAAGGCUUCAUCUUUUCAGCCUGUUGUUUGAGGAAAUGAUGAUGCCAUGUGCAGAAACCCUAGAUACUUUCUAUCUGACUGAUAUGUUAGUACAAGUUCUUAACAGCGAGCAGGAAUUUCUAUCAGCAAACAAAGAAAUGAUCACACCCAGAUGGCUUGCUCCACUGCUUUUACUUCUUGACCUUUAUGAAAAAGUAUCUGUGAUAUCCAAGAGGAAAGCAGAGGCAGCAAAGCUUACGCAAAAUAGUCAUACAUGGAAAUGGUUUGAUGACAGCAGUGGUAGAUGGUGUAAAUAUAGUCUUCCUAAUAACAAAACCAUUGACGAUGCUUAUCAGUCUGGUGAAAUCAAUGUUAGGUUCUCAGCUGGAAGAAGAAGGUACACAAUCCAUUUUAAUACCAUGGUUCAGAUUAACGAAGAGACUGGUAAUAGACGACCAAUAAUGUUGAAUCUUUCCUCACUUGAGGAGAAGCAACAAGCGAAAGAGGAACAGAAAGUUGCUAAUAAUCUCGAUAUAUUGUCAGUUGAAUCCGCUUCUGAGAGUAAAAUGGAAACAGAAAGUACAGAAAAGAAAAGAGAAAUACCACCUGUGGUUAAUGGUUUAAAUCAUGACCACAUAACUAGUAUAAUCAGGUCUGUAGUUGUUUUAGUUGGUAUACCUGUAGAAGCAGAUACUUUACAUGCAUCCCUUCGGUUAGUGUUGCGUCUGACAAGGGAACAUAAAUAUGCCGUAUUGUUUGCUGAUUUGGGUGGACCGAGACUUUUACUUGCUCUUACACAAUCCUCAUCUUUCCAAGGAUUUAUUUCUUUAGUGACGUUAAUAUUCAGACAUGUAAUGGAAGAAAAAGAUUCAUUAAGAUACUGUAUGGAGAAGGUUGUAAAGAAAGUCACGUCUGGCUCUGGUUCCAGUACAAGUGGUGUAUCGCAGGGCAGUAUGGGUUCCAAGGAAUUACAUUAUGUCCUGAGAGUCUUGGGUCCAGCAGCCUGUCGACAUCCUGAAUUGUUCACAGAAGUUGUCAAAUCUAUCUUGCGGGUAGCUUUACCACCACCUGCUAAAAGAGAUGAAGACGAGAUGAGGUUUUAUGGUCCCAAUAGUCCUCAGCUACUGAAGUGUAUAGCCAGUAAACAUACCAUCAAUUAUACAGUAGAAUCUCCAUUAAAAGAAGUUCUUUUUGAUCUCUUAAAUGCUCUUAUAUGCAAGUGUCACUAUGCAGAGGAAGAAAAUAAAGUACAAGAACCAAAAACAUUGGCAGAGGCAGUAGCCGAAGCAGAAAGAACGAUCGCCAGACAAAACAGUGCAAUAGACAUGGUCACGGAGGAUGAUACAUCUAGUCAAAUUGAUGUCAAUAAUUCAGAAGCAGGCACGUCCAAAGACCAAAAAGAAACAAAAGAAGAUCUAAAGAACCAGAAUCCAUUGAUGCCAAAAUCUGCAGUAUUACGGUUGUUAUCUGAAAUGAUUAAAUCUUAUUCUAGUUGUACAAGGCUAAUUACUAACUACACAUACCACAGUGGACAGUCAGAAUUAGUAUUAGAGGAUUGCACUGUAUUGGCAUAUGUUUUGGACAAUUUAUUACCGCAGUGUCAAAAAAGUGGGGACAAAGACUGUCCUGCUUAUUCUAGGAUUUUCUUAGCUAGCAUAGCUGCUUGUAAUCACAGUCCAGAUGCUCAAUUAACUCUUGUAAGUGAACUGAAAGCGUCCAUUCAGAGAGCUUUGGGCCUGCCUGAAAGUUCAGAGAAACACACGAAGAUUCAAUCAUUGACUAGUUUGAUCAGCGUGAUUAUUGAAUCGUGUCCUAGUCCCGGUCAGAUCCCAAAUCAAGUUUUUAAAGGACAGCAGACAUUAAUUAAUAACAUUGUUAAGAGUCUGUUGAAGAAGGGCAUUGUAGCUGAUUUAGCCAGGAUACCUCAUAGUUUGGAUCUUUCUAGUCCGUAUAUGGCUAAUACAAUUAACUCGGCUCUUAAACCAUUGGAAACAUUGUCUAGAAGUGUGAACCAACCGGUGCAAAAUGUAACAGCUAAACCCAAACCAAAAGCUGAAUUACCACAGAGUGAACCAGGAACUGGACUUUCAGCUGAAAAUAAUACAACAGUUGAAGAGGCAGCACCUGCAGAAAAUGAGAUUGGAGAGGUCACAAUAGAGGAUAUUACGGAAGAACAAGAAGAGCAGAAUGAGGCUCUUGAAGAGAGCGAAGCAUUUAAUGCUGUUGAACCAGUCACAGAAAACCAGACUGCACAGGAAUUAGACAACAUAUUAGAUAAUAUGAUAAACAGAGAAAGAAAUAGAGAUCCUGAAAGUGAGGUCAUUGCAGAUAUUAUCAUGGAUGUCUCAGAGGAAAUAAAUCGAGCAUCAGAGUCGGAGGAACAUGAUCAUGAUGAUGUUUUAAUUGAUGUAGAAGUUGGUGAAGAUGAUGACAUUGAUCAUCAUGAUUCACAGAUGGUUAGUCAAGAGUUAUCUAUUGAUGAAGAUGACCCAGAUGAAAAUGCACAUGUGCAUGAUACUCCUGACAGUGAAUCCAACAGUUCAGACGAUGAUGAUCACGAAUGUGGUAAUGAUGAUGAAGAAGAUGAUGAUGUUGAUGAAGAUGACGAUGAGGAGGAUGAAGAUGAUGAUGAGGGUUCAGAUAUGGAGAACGGAAUAGAAGACGAUUAUCAGGAUAUCGAACCUUCAGUAACUACUCAUUAUAUUGAUGACAACUUCUUCCAUCCGGAUGAUAUGUUACUCCCUGACGGAGGUCAGCACAUUAUGUUCAACACGAUAGACAAUCGACAGUUACAGAGACAUGGCCUUCCCUUCCCUAUUUUUAUGGACAAUGACAAUGGCAAUGAGGCUUUGACACCGUCUGUGCCACCAGCACCGAGUAAUGUGCUUCCAGCUCAUCCAUUGCUAGUUAGACAACCAGACCAAAGUUUUAUUACUGGAGUUGCUAGAGUCAGGGGAGGACGACAAAGAGGAACGUGUAGAUACAAUCCCACAACACAAACUUUACACGUUAACUUGCCUAGACAGCCUAACCCGCCAGCAAUUUUACAAAGAUUACUAGGUCCAUCUACAGCAGCUGAUGUUCUACAGUUGACUAAUACAUUCACCUCUGUGGCAGGUCCUACCCCGACCCGAGUGGUUGUAAACAGUAGUGAUGACUUCAUAUAUAAUCAAAGGGAAGAUGAGUUUUAUGAGGAAUUGUUUCAGGAUCCAUUUUCCAGCAAUGGGGCUUCAGGGUCAGGGCUAUUAACGUUAGUUCCUUCUACGAUGAAUCGGUGGACUGAAGAAGCUAAAGUAUUGGAUGGGGACAGUGUACAUGACUGUGUUACAUCUUUGAAACCAGAAAUAAUUGAGGAACUUGAGAAGUUAAGGGAUGAGGAAUUGGAUGAAAGGAAAGAAAAAAGGAGAAAAGUAGCAGAAGAGGAAGAGAAGAGAAAAAAGGAGUAUGAAGAAGAACUGAAAGCAAAGGGCCUUGUACAUCCUGACUGGCGAAGGCCACCACCACCCCCUGACAGAUCUAAGCCAAAUGCUGCAAUGUUGGUAACAGCUGAUACAUGUCCACCUCCAAGACCAAUAAAUUAUGCACCAUCAAUAGUUACUCCUGGAGGUAUUAUAGAAAACAUACCCUAUGAGGAUGUGCAGAGGAUAACACAGAGCUUAGAAGAAUCGGCGAACAGACCUAUCAGUGCUACAGAAGCAGCUGCAGCAGCCGAAAGAAUAGCUACAGCUAUGGUGGAAGGAAUAUUGGCCCCUAGUCCAGGCUCAAAUUUAGUAAUACCUCCUGGGUCUCGAGUCUUAGGGUCUGAUUCAGCAUCUUCAUUUUCACUCCCUGUUGUUCGACCAGAUGCUCCAUUACCAGAACCUCAAAGACGUAACCCUACUACCACCAUCACCAACCUUGCUACUCUGCUGUUGAGUGACGAUCCAGAAAACCGUACCAGUGAAGAGAACUCGCUGGUACAGAUGCUGAGAGGAGUAGUGGCUCAUAGUACACCAAGUUCCACACCAAGUUCCACACCAAGUACUACUCUGCAAAAUGUUACCGAGCCUGUUCAAGCCAGUCCAAUACCUGUGAUAUCGGGAAUAGGAAAUCCCCUCAAUGAAGUUACUGGUACCAGGGAUCAAGUAUUACAACCAAACAGUAUUGUUACUCCUCCUCUACCAGAUUUCCUUCAUGUUGAUGUACCCGUCAGUCUUUCAGUGCGUGGGGAAGCCAUAACUGCACCAUUGGUACCCCCAGCAGCUACAGCCAUGCCUACAGCAGCAGUGACAACAACCUCAACACCUCCUGCAAACCCAGAGUCAUCAGCUGUACCAAGUACAUCGUCAGAAGCCACACCAAGUUCCUCGACGGGACCUGCAAGUUCAACUGGCGAUGAAAACAAUUUGCCAGAUGGAGUGGAUCCGUCAUUCUUGGCAGCACUUCCGGAGAAUAUCAGACAGGAGGUAGUGGCAGAACAAUUACGUCUUCAGAGAAUACAACAGAGUGCUAGAGACCAGGCCGCGACAGCCCAAAAUAUUGGUUCUAGUGAAGUCAGUCCUGAGUUCUUAGCAGCGUUGCCACCUGGUAUUCAAGAGGAGGUUUUAGCCCAACAAAGAGCUGAACAAGCAAGAUUACAAGCCCUCUCACAGCCAGCUCAGCCUUCUACAGAUGCACCUGUAGAUCCAUACAGUUUCUUUGCUACAUUGCCUACCUCUCUCCGAAGACAAGUUCUAGCUGAAAUGGACGAUAGCAUGGUGGCUGUAUUGCCAUCAGAUCUAGCCACUGAGGCCCAGUCUUUGAGGAGAGAACUGGAAAUAGACCGUCUGUUCUCUCAGGCUGGUGCAGGUUCACUUUCUGCCAUUUUGAGACAUUCAGGUUUUUCUGGUGGAAGACUUGGAGGAGGAAGAUACACAAUCAGAGCUGUACCUACUAGUGGAAGACAUUGGCCGUUUAAUUCAAGGUCUGGACCAUCUAAUAGUACCCCUAAAAACAAUGCAGUUCGAGUUCGAGGGCGGUUUCUUUUAGAUCAUGAAGCAAUGACAUGUCUUUUAGUAUUACUGUUUGUUGAUGAGCCAAAGCUCAACACAACCCGUUUACAUAGAGUUUUAAGAAACUUGUGUUAUCAUGGACCAACACGCAUUUGGGUGAUUAAAGCUUUAUUAUCGAUGCUUCAUAAAACUGGAGAGUGUCAGAUGGAAGAAGAGAAGGGCAAGAGUCCUGACAAAAGUAAAAGGAAAUCUGCAUUAGACAGUCCUGUUACAAUGAAAAGUGAUACUAAAAAUCAGGGUACUUGGCUGUCGAUGAGUUUAGAGGCAGCUCUAGGUUGCCGGGCAAAUGUUUUCCAAGUUCAUAAAACGGGUAAGAAGCACAGUAGUGCUGCUAGUGGGACAGUGACAAUUCAUACACAAGCAGCCCCAAUGGUUUGUCGGCAUGCAUUAGAUACCUUAAUAGCACUUGCAAAAAUAUUUCCAAGUCAAUUUUUACCGUCUACAAAAGCAAAAGAAGUUGGAAAAUGUGAUACAGAUGAGAAAAAAGAGACUGAUAAGGUUAAACCUGGGGUUAGUGCUAGUCCUAAAAAAGUUGAACCAGAAACUGAUUUGUGGGAUUUAUUAGUCAAACUAGACAGUAUAAGUGGUAGUAAAAAAGGUAAAGGUAUGCAACGGAUUCAUAGUAUACCUCUCACUGAGGGAGAUACACAAUUUCAUAGUUACGAAUCGUCACCUCUAGGAGCUUUAAUGUGCAUGUUAAAUCAUCCAGUUAUCAAACGAAGUCAAUUAUUGACUGAUAGACUGCUCAGACUGUUAGGUUUAGUGUCUAAUGGCUUAGCUGACUCAUCCAGUGCUCAGUCCCAGUCCAGUAGUACAAUAGCAGAGAUGCCCCAAGGUGGUGCCCAAGCACAAAUAAGUACUACUGCAAUAACGGGGGCUUCAGCUGUUACUACUUCUACUGCAACGAGAGCAACUGCAUCAACAGGAACUAAUACAGCUACUGAUCAAAUUAAGGAGAAAGAAGAAGAAUCUGAAAAGAAAGAUGAGGAAAAAUUGGAAGAACAAAAUGCUAUAUUAGAAAACCAGUUACAAUUGGCAGUUAAGGUGCUCACAUCCAAAUCUUGCUCAGAGGAAGGAUUAGAGGAUGCAACAAAUUUGUUGGUUCAACUGUCGUGGGCAAAUUCAUCUACUAGAGAAGCAGUUUUAGGUCUUCUAUUGGAUGGUGCUAGAGAACUAGGCUUUACCGUUUGUGCACAUAUUAGGACAUUAAUAGAAGAACUAAGAAAAUUGAAUGUGAAGUCUAGGUAUGAAGAUGAUGAAGAUUCCCGUGAUAUGGAUACUACACAGUCGACAUCAACUAAAGGCUUCAUUGCAGAUAGGUACAACCCUGGUCAGAAUCUACUUGUAAGUGCCUCAAAGAAAGUGAAAGUGGGAAGGGAAUUACAGUUACCUUCCAUGACAGCAUUAACUAGUAAGACAUCCAGUCAGCAGUUCUUCUUAAGAAUACUGAAAGUGAUUAUUCAGCUCAGAGAUGCUGCAAGGACUGUGGGCAAGAAAACCUCUGCAAGAGGAGGAAGGGUUGGCAGAGAUUCAAGAAUCUUGGGUAACAUUGCAGAGGCAAUGGAUGCAAUAGAAGCAGAAGCUGAAGCAAUUAUGGAAAUGGUUGGAAGACGUGGUAAUCAGCUUCCCUCUGCUGCUGGCCAACAAGGAGAAUCUGUUUCAGAACCAUCAAGUGCUGAAGGCAACACGUCAAAUACACCAACAUCUUCAGCGGAGACAACGGAAGGAUCUGUCAAUACACCCAGUACAUCAGAAACACCAAUGGAUGUAGACCAGCCAGGAUCAAGUCAAAAUGAUAAGAAAGAGAAGAAAGAAGUGGUACUCCCCAGAUUAAGUGAACAGUUAAUCUUAGAAGAAUUGUGGCAGUGUUUAGGAGAAUGCCUUUCAGAAUUGGAUAAGACACCAGAUCAUCAUGCCGUAUUGAUACUACAACCUGCAGUGGAAGCUUUCUUUAUUGUUCAUUCUGGAGAGAAAGGCAAUAAGACCAAAGAUCAAUCAUCUCAGAGGAGAGAAGAUCAGCUAGCUCACCUGAACAUUGAUUUUGCUCCAGCCUCGCCUGCUGCAUCUACCUCCUCAGAGACACCAGCCUUGGCCAGGGAAAAUUCUGUGUCCUCAAUUUCAUCUCUCCCUCCUGAUACUCAGAAAUUCCUGAAGUUUGCAGAAACACAUCGAACAGUCUUGAAUCAAAUCCUGCGGCAAUCAACCACACCACUUUGUGAUGGACCAUUCUCAGUCUUAGUUGAUCAUACUAGAAUAUUGGACUUUGAUGUGAAACGCAGGUAUUUUAGGCAAGAGUUAGAACGACUUGAUGAAGGAUUAAGAAGGGAAGAUUUGGCUGUACAUAUCAGGAGAGAAAAUGUAUUUGAAGACUCUUUCAGAGAGUUGUUUAGGAGAAAGGCUGACGAAUGGAAACACAGAUUCUAUAUCGUAUUUGAAGGUGAAGAAGGGCAAGACGCUGGAGGACUGUUACGAGAAUGGUACAUCAUCAUAGCUCGAGAAAUAUUCAACCCUAACUAUGCAUUGUUUGCUACGUCUCCUGGAGAUCGUGUGACAUAUACAAUAAAUCCUAGUUCUCACUGUAACUCUAAUCAUCUCAGCUACUUUAAAUUUGUGGGACGUAUCAUAGCGAAAGCUAUUUAUGACAAUAAACUGCUGGAUUGUUACUUUACCAGGUCUUUCUACAAACAUAUUCUCGGACAGCAUGUGAAGUACACUGAUAUGGAAAGUGAAGAUUAUUCAUUUUAUAAAGGUUUAGUCUUCUUAAUCCAGAAUGACGUACAAGAUCUUGGAUAUGAAUUGACAUUUAACACAGAGAUCCGAGAAUUUGGUGUCACUGAAACAAGAGAUCUCAAGCCCAAUGGCCGUAACAUACCUGUAAAUGAAGAUAAUAAGAAGGAGUAUGUCAAGUUAGUUUGUCAAAUGAGAAUGACAGGUGCUAUUAGGAAACAGUUGGGAGCAUUCAUGGAAGGUUUCUAUGACAUCAUACCAAAGAGACUAAUAUCAAUAUUCACAGAACAAGAAUUAGAACUUUUAAUUUCUGGUCUUCCUACAAUCGAUAUUGAUGAUUUGAAAGCUCACUCGGAAUACCAUAAAUACCAACCUACUUCAUUACAAGUUCAGUGGUUUUGGAGAGCUUUGAGAUCUUUUGAUCAAGCAGACAGAGCCCAAUUCUUACAAUUUGUAACUGGUACUUCAAAAGUUCCUUUGCAAGGCUUUGGUUUCUUGGAAGGAAUGAAUGGAUACCAGAAGUUUCAGAUCCACAGAGAUGACAGGUCUACAGACAGACUUCCUGUUGCUCAUACUUGUUUUAAUCAGCUAGAUCUACCUGCCUAUGAAACAUACGACAAACUAAGAAAGAUGCUAUUGUUGGCAAUCAAUGAAUGUUCUGAAGGAUUUGGUCUGGCGUAGAGGACAAUAAUUUUCCCCUGAAAACUAGUUUGACAUUCAUGUAGAGGGCCAUGAUGUGUAUGUUACGAGUGAAGUUUUGGUUGACAUGGAAACCACAAGAAGUACUUUUGUUAGUGAAAUUUUUAACAAUGCCAGAAUUCUGUAUGAACUAGUAAUAUUAAAUGGAACACUUUAUAUGUAUAUAUAUAUAUAUAUGAACUUGUAAAAAGAAAAGUUAUUCGUAGCAUAUGUGGAAUACAUAUUUACGAACUUCAAAACAUUGACAUUACUCACUGUAUGGAGUAUAAAACUUUUUGUUACGUGUUACGUAUGUAAUUAUAUGUGUGUACGAGUUAUUUAAGGAUGAAUACUUUUUAUGCAGUAAAUAUUUUACCAGUAUUUGAAAGGAAUUUGACUUGAGUGUGGUGAAAGGGAAAGAAAUAGAGUUGGACAAGAGAAUUUUGCUUCAUUAAAAUGGAAUUAUGGGCAAUUGUUGCUAUAGUUAUUAUUGUAAAAGUAGUAUCAUGCACUAUCUUCAACAGAACGGUUACGUUUGCAGCAGAAUUAUAAAGGUAAUUUGUUUUAUUUUACACACACUGUAUACUGAUAAAAUUCAUUAUGUGGUGUGAACCGUGCUAAUUGUUUCGUUUCUUCAUUUCUUUUUCCAUUUAUUUGCUUGGUAUUUGUAAGUGUCCUCAGUAUAAGACAUAAUUUGUUAGGACUGAUUUUUAUGUGUGUAUUGUGUUAUUUUUGGUGCAGUUGUAUCUUAUUUAUUAAAAAUUUCUAUUACAUGCAUAAUGUUCCACAUGAUUGGAUAUGUAUAAUGUUGAGACUGUUUCAUUUGUUUUCCAAAUGGGACCAUGCUUCUGAGAAAUUGAUUUAGAUGUUCAAAAAUUAAUAUAGAAAUAUGAGUAAAAAUGGGUCGUGUAUUCCAUAACUAUUGAAGUGCUUUACAUGGUUUGUCCAAACUGUUCUGGAUUGGGCAUUUGUUUUCCUUCUGUUUGAUUUGUUGUUUAUAAUUUAUUUUCUGUUAUAUAAAUAUAUACAUGUAUACCUUAUAUAUAAUUUGCUUGUAAAAUAACAGUUUUGUGUAGCUUGUUGUUAAAUGUUCUUCAGACUUCUAAAAGUAAAUAAAAAGUAAAAAAUAAAAUGCACGCUUUAAGUAUGCUUAUUGGUUAUAAAGGUGACAUAAUAUGCCCAUAUUUUUACCACAAUUCUGUGACUCUUUUCACAAAAAAUUUUACAAUUAAAAUUAAUUGUAAGUUAUACUGAAAUGUGUAUGACUUACUAGUAAUUUUACUCUUUAAGAUUUUUCGUGAAAAGAGCUACAGGAAUUAUUUGCCAUGGCAUUGAUGAAAGUUAAUUCUUUCACUUCCAGCUUUUUUUAAGAUAUACCUAUCCCAGGAAAUGAAUACAGAAUGACGCUAAUAUAUGUUACUUUUUGAUUUUGAUUGAAAUCAUAUGUUAUUUAUGUACAUUUGAUAUGUAAAUAAUAUCUAGUUUAUUGCUGUUGCAGGUUGUUUUGAUUUUGAAAACAAAAUCAUUGUAUUUUUUUUUGUUUUUUUUUUUUCAUUGGAAGCAAAAUUUAUCAUUAAAACUGCAGUAGAUAAA